CUACUGUCUCAGCAAUGGUCCUUUAGCUUAUUAAGAAAGAGCUGCUAUGGUUUCAGCUCUCAAUAUGGUGGUUUCAGGCCUUUGUUACUGUGAAGAUCACGUACAAAACACGUCACUGCGUUUGCCAGUAAAAGAUAAAUAUUAUAAGAAUAUCUGACAAAGUUGCUCUGAACAAGACAAUGUCUGACAAGAUCGAAAAUCAAACCUCAGACUUUCCUGAUGCACACGGAGGGCGUCUAGAGGAAAACCCAGGCACUAGGCUAUUAAAUGUGAAGGAAGAGGAUGAGACAGAUGAAAUACAUUGGUCCCUCCCUGCCGAUGACGAUAACACUGGUGUAAUGAAAGUUGAGAUAAAAGAAGAUCUGUAUACGCGUGGUCAGGUGAAGACUGAGGAGGACGAAGUUCCUAUAAAUACAGACGAAGAUAACGCUGAUAUAGUGAAAGAUGAGGUAACAGAAAAUCUACAUCUGCGGCAUCAGCUGAAAGCUCCGGAUCUAGAAACCAGUGACAGUAUCAAUUCAGACAAAGAUAUCACUGAUAUAGUGAAAGUUAAGGUAACAGAAGAUCUGUAUACGUGUGAUCAGGUGAAGACUGAGGAGGAUGAAGUUCCUAAAGGUGCAUUUUCAAUCUGCAGUAAUCCUAGCUCUAGUCAGAGUGCUGGUGCUUCUUCCAAUCUUCUUCAAAAUCAAAGCCAAAGAGAAAAUGUAUGUUCUGUAUGUGGGAAAUGUUUUACCAGGAAAUUAUCUCUUAUCGACCAUCUGAAAAUUCAUACUGGAGAGAGAGAAUUUUCAUGUUCUGACUGUGGGAAAUGUUUUACAACAAAAUCAAAUCUUAUUAGCCAUCAGAAAAUCCAUACAGGAGAGAAAGCAUUUUCAUGUUCUGACUGUGGGAAAUGUUUUACUCUGAAAUCAGAUCUUUUUAGGCAUCAGAAAAUCCAUACUGGAGAGAAAGAGUUUUCAUGUUCUGACUGUGGGAAAAGUUUUACCCUGAAAUCAACUCUUAUUAGGCACCAUAAAACUCACACAGGGGAGAAAGGAUUUUCAUGCUCUGAAUGUGGGAAAUGUUUUGCUCUGAAAGCAACUCUUAAUGAUCAUCAGAAAAUUCAUACAGGAGAGAAAGGGUUUUCAUGCUCUGAAUGUGGGAAAUGUUUUACUCUGAAAUCAUAUUGUAUUAAGCAUCAGAGAAUUCAUACAAGAGAUAAAGUAUUUCCAUGUCCUGAAUGUGGGAAAUGUUUUACUUUGAAAUCAUCUCUUAUUAGGCAUCAGAAAAUUCAUACAGGAGAGGAGGGAUUUCUAUGUUCUCAAUGUGGGAAAUGUUUUAAUCGUAAAUCAAAUCUUAUUGCUCAUCAGAAAACUCAUAAGGAGAGAAUGCAUUUUAAUGUUGUGACCGUUGGAAAUAUUUUACCCUGAAAGGAAAUCUUGUUACUUAAAUGGGCAUUGAACAUUUUGAUAUAAUAUAGAAUGUUUAAUUAUGUGCAUUAAAAAUAUUUUCCAAUAUA